AUGUUCAGCCAUACAAUCACCUACUCACUCCGUAGACCUUAUACUAUCAAGAAGCUUUCUUCAUUGACCCUGACUGGCUCUCGCCUAUAUGCGACCGUCAAACCUGCCCCUCUGGCAGACAAGCUCUCCGUCAACAGCGAUCGAUUAUGGCGCGACAUUCACUACACCGCUCAGUGGAGUGCACCCUCUCCGGGCGGUGUUACUCGACUUUGUGCGGAUGAGAAUGACAAGAAGGUCCGCGACUGGUUCAAAGAGCAACUUAUUGAACUUGGAGCCGAUUACAAAGUUAGUGUUCAUCAUUUCGAAAUGGGUUUGGCUUACAGAAAUCAGGUCAAUGCUACCGGUACUCAAUUCGGGGUAUUCGAGGGAGAGGACAAUAGCAUCCCCCCUAUCGCUAUGGGAAGUCAUUUGGACACAGUCGCAACGGGUGGAAGAUUUGAUGGUCCUCUUGGAGUAAGACAUUCCGGUCAUCUACUCCGAGUCUCUAACAUCUAUCAGGUUCUCGGAGCCUUGGAAGUUAUUCGAAGCUUCAAGGAGCAGGGUAUUAAGACCAGAGCUCCGAUAGUUCUCAUCAACUGGACGAACGAAGAAGGAGCACGAUUCUUUCCUUUGCUUGGAUCAUCUAUCGUCUAUGCCGGUCGCUCCACUGUGGAGCAAGCCCAUGCAGCAGCCUCGAACGACGCAUCGGAAUUGACCAUGGGCAGCGAAUUGAAGAAGAUUGGUUACAUCGGUGAUGGACCAAAUACAUUCGAAGAGUUCCCCAUCUCAGCGCACUUUGAAAUCCACUGCGAACAGUCCACAGACCUGGAGAAGGCGGGUAAGCCUGUUGGAUGGGUUGAAGGUUGGCAGGGAAUGACUUGGUACGAUGUCGUCUUCCAUGGAGAAAACGGCCAUGCCAAUACCUACCCCAUGUAUGGCAGGCGAGAUGCUCUGACCGGUGCAGCCAAACUCAUUUGUGAGCUGGAAAAGCUCGCAUAUGAAAAGAAUGGUGCCAGUACCGUGACUGGUAUUCAUAGCCGUCCAUGGGGAGCUUGUAACAUCCAGUCGAAGACAAAGAUCACAUUUUGCUUGAUGCAUAAAGAAGCUGAGGGAUUGGAAGCCAUGGGAACGUCCAUCAUGGAACGGGUGAAAAGUAUUGCUUCUCUGCACGGGCUCGAAGUUGAAACUGAUCGAACCGUGCAUCUCUUGCCCGGCAACUUCUGGCCUGAAGCAAUUGAUUGCGUCAGACUUGCGUGCGGUGACAAGGGCAUUGCUUCUCGAACUGGAACAGGCCAUGACUCAACGAUGACAACAUUACUGUGUCCAACUGCCAUGGUAUUUGCCCGGGCUAAAGAUGGUAUCAGCCACUCUCCAAAGGAAUGGACGUCUCAAGAGGACUGUGCGGAAAGUGCGCUGGUUCUCGGGAAGUCGGUACUGAAUUUCGAUAGUUACCUUAAGGAAAAGGCUCUGGAGAAGUAA